GUUGUCGUCAAGGUUGAGAAUAGUCAACUCCCGCCUAUUGUUGGUAAACGUGUCACAUGACAGGUGUUGUAAACCAAUGUUCUCAAGGGAACGGUCCUAACGGUCAACACACUGCCUGGCUACAGAAGCUUGGUAAGGAUCUGCCUCUUGCUAAAAUGUAUGGCCUUAUGUAUCAGAAGUAUAACAAGACAGAGGCCAUCCGGGAACUACGACUCAAGGAGAACAAAAUUCCCUGGGAUCUGUUCAGACGGGCCUUCCAUGACAUCAGUACAAGUCCUGAAGCUUUUCAUGUGUUGCGCUGUACUCUGGCCGUGUCCCACGCCCUCGUGUCCAUUUGUCAGUAUAUUCUAGGCAUUGGUGACCGCCAUCUGUCCAACUUUAUGAUCAACCUCAAGACAGGACAGAUGAUAGGCAUUGAUUUUGGACACGCAUUUGGAUCAGCUACUCAGUUCUUGCUGAUACCGGAGCUGAUGCCAUUCCGUCUAACAAAACAACUGCGUAACCUGAUGCUGCCCCUUCAGGUGAAGGGGCUGAUGGAGAGUACUAUGGUCCAUGCUCUACGUGCCCUCAGGGAAGACUACGACCUGCUCCUUGCAACCAUGGACAUAUUUGUGAAGGAGCCCUCUGUUGAUUGGCUGGUAAAUGCAGAGAAGCAGAUUCAGAGUUUGAAUUUAGGAGAUUCGCUUGAAGUGGAAAAUAUCACAUGGUAUCCCAAGGAGAAAGUCCAUUAUGUCAAGAGAAAACUUAAGGGUGAAAAUCCCAGUUAUAUAACAAGGGAUGAACUGAGACUUGGCCAUUCAAAGAACGAUUUCCUGCGUAACUUUGAGAGUGUUGUAAUGGGUGAGAGAGAUGACACGAGGGCACAACUUCCUCAGGACAGUCUUAGUGUGGAGGACCAGGUAGCUGCUCUCAUAGACCAGGCCACCGACCCUAAUAUUCUCGGCCGAGUCUACGCAGGCUGGGAACCAUGGAUGUAGAACAGUUCAGAGACUGACACCCAAACAGGGCUGAGGCGAACAUUCUACAUAUAUAAAGGAUCUGCAAUUUAGUGCCAAAGAGUGCUAAGAUUAGCAGAUGAACAUUCUCUAUAGAAAAGAGAGUCUGCAGUUUAGUGCCACACUAGUUCUAAGAGUAACAGAUGAAUGUUCUACAUAGAUAAGGGAGUCUGCAGUUUAGUGCCACACUAGUUCUAAGAGUAACAGAUGAAUGUUCUACAUAGAUAAGGGAGUCUGCAGUUUAGUGCCACACUAGUGCUAAGAGUAACAGAUGAAUGUUCUACAUAGAUAAGGGAGUCUGCAGUUUAGUGCCACACUAGUGCUAAGAGUAACAGAUGAAUGUUCUACAUAGAUAAGGGAGUCUGCAGUUUAGUGCCACACUAGUGCUAAGAGUAACAGAUGAAUGUUCUACAUAGAUAAGGGAGUCUGCAGUUUAGUGCCACACUAGUGCUAAGAGUAACAGAUGAAUGUUCUACAUAGAUAAGGGAGUCUGCAGUUUAGUGCCACACUAGUGCUAAGAGUAACAGAUGAAUGUUCUACAUAGAUAAGGGAGUCUGCAGUUUAGUGCCACACUAGUGCUAAGAGUAACAGAUGAAUGUUCUACAUAGAUAAGGGAGUCUGCAGUUUAGUGCCACACUAGUGCUAAGAGUAACAGAUGAAUGUUCUACAUAGAUAAGGGAGUCUGCAGUUUAGUGCCACACUAGUGCUAAGAGUAACAGAUGAAUGUUCUACAUAGAUAAGGGAGUCUGCAGUUUAGUGCCACACUAGUGCUAAGAGUAACAGAUGAAUGUUCUACAUAGAUAAGGGAGUCUGCAGUUUAGUGCCACACUAGUGCUAAGAGUAACAGAUGAAUGUUCUACAUAGAUAAGGGAGUCUGCAGUUUAGUGCCACACUAGUGCUAAGAGUAACAGAUGAAUGUUCUACAUAGAUAAGGGAGUCUGCAGUUUAGUGCCACACUAGUGCUAAGAGUAACAGAUGAAUGUUCUACAUAGAUAAGGGAGUCUGCAGUUUAGUGCCACACUAGUGCUAAGAGUAACAGAUGAAUGUUCUACAUAGAUAAGGGAGUCUGCAGUUUAGUGCCACACUAGUGCUAAGAGUAACAGAUGAAUGUUCUACAUAGAUAAGGGAGUCUGCAGUUUAGUGCCACACUAGUGCUAAGAGUAACAGAUGAAUGUUCUACAUAGAUAAGGGAGUCUGCAGUUUAGUGCCACACUAGUGCUAAGAGUAACAGAUGAAUGUUCUACAUAGAUAAGGGAGUCUGCAGUUUAGUGCCACACUAGUGCUAAGAGUAACAGAUGAAUGUUCUACAUAGAUAAGGGAGUCUGCAGUUUAGUGCCACACUAGUGCUAAGAGUAACAGAUGAAUGUUCUACAUAGAUAAGGGAGUCUGCAGUUUAGUGCCACACUAGUGCUAAGAGUAACAGAUGAAUGUUCUACAUAGAUAAGGGAGUCUGCAGUUUAGUGCCACACUAGUGCUAAGAGUAACAGAUGAAUGUUCUACAUAGAUAAGGGAGUCUGCAGUUUAGUGCCACACUAGUGCUAAGAGUAACAGAUGAAUGUUCUACAAAGAUAAGGGAGUCUACAGUUUAGUGCCACACUAGUGCUAAGAGUAACAGAUGAACAUUCUACAUAGAUAAGGGAGUCUGCAGUUUAGUGCCACAAUCGUGCUAAGAGUAACAGAUGACAUUCUACACACAUGUGGAUAAAUGAUCAGCAUUUAAGCUGCCCAAUAGGACAGACAGGAACAUGCUUGGCUGAACCGACUUUAGUCCAGCCAAACAUACUGUGGUGGUUCAUUGCUUCAAUGGAUAUAAAUCUAUGUCGCCUACAGUAAAUAAUGUGAAGCAAUUUGAAGCUGUGACAACCAUGCUAUGUCAUUGUAUGGGUCUUUAUUUCUAGGUUGUGUGUUGACUUGUCGCCAGAUUCAAAAGAGUAGUCAACAAGACUAAUUACAUGUUCUGGGAAUUGGAUGAGGUGAAAUUUAAAGUCGGCAUUAGAAAGAGGAUUGUUUGAAAACUGAAGUGCUGGAUGAGGAUUUGUUAAUUUAUUAAACAAUCUACAUAAAGUCACACAUGGAUACGAAUCCAUCAAUUCAUCAUAUCAUCAUGUAGCAGUAUGUAAUAUUCCAGAUGAUAAAUGACCUAGAACAGGAUAAAUACUGUCAAUAGAAAAGGUUCUUUAAAACCAGAAUGUCAUUUUAAUUUGUUCAAAUUUGAAAAGUGUUUUUAAUUUGCUUAUCUUUGAUUUAUUACAAAAUCUGUGCCAUUCUUUGCACCAUUUACAAAGUCUACUGUAAAAGUCUGUAUGAGCGGUAUAACUGUACAAUUAUCACACUUAUAUAAGGUUGUAAGGCUACAGGAUCAUGAUAUACAUUCAUAAUUGAAUACAACUUUCUUGUGUUACAGUGACAGUAGUUUGACCAUUUUUUUGUUUGCAGUACACAAAUUAAAACAAAUCAUUGCA